AGCGGCUGGAAGCGAGGCUUUCGGCUCCGGGCUGCAGAGAGGCAGCCAUGGGUUUGCAGGGCCCCAUGCCGCUGGUGGUGGUGCUGCUGGUGUGCGUGGUGCUGGGGGAGUCUGGAUCGCGCGAAGAAAGCCAGGCGUCAGGUCUCAAGAACACCACAAACAGGCUCCUCUCAGUGCCGUGUGGCCGCCGGAACGACAUCCAGUCACUGAUAGUGGGCGGGGCAGAAUCCGUGCAAGGGCGCUGGCCGUGGCAAGCCAGUCUGCGCUGGAAGAAGUCCCACCGCUGUGGAGGGAGCCUCCUCAGCCACCGAUGGGUGCUCACUGCCGCACACUGCGUUAUAAAGCACCUUGAUCCAGGAAAGUGGAGAGUCCAGCUUGGGCAGCUUACUUCCAAGCCUUCUCUCUGGAACAGGAAGGCCUAUUCUGGCCGGUACAGGGUAAAGGACAUCGUUGUAAACUACAAAGACACAACGAAGUUUCACGACCUGGCCCUGCUGAGGCUGGCCUCCUCAGUCACCUAUAACAAGGACAUCCAGCCCAUCUGUGUCCAGCCCUCCACCUUCAUGUUCCAGCACUGGCCCAGCUGCUGGGUGACUGGCUGGGGAGUCCUGGAGGAGAGCAUGAAACCGCUGCCACCACCCUACCACCUCCGAGAAGUGCAGGUCACCAUCCUAAACAACAGCAGGUGCCACGACCUGUUCAAGAUUACUUCUGUCUACCCCUCUAUCAGCAGAGACAUGUUUUGUGCUGGUACUGAGGAUGGUAGUGCAGACACCUGCAGUGGUGACUCAGGAGGACCCUUGGUCUGCAUCAUGGACGGUCUCUGGUAUCAGAUUGGAAUCGUGAGCUGGGGAAUAGGCUGUGGGCGGCCCAACCUGCCUGGCCUCUACACCAACGUGAGUCAGCACUACAGCUGGAUCCAGACCAUGAUGAUCCUCAACAGUGCAGUCAGACCUGACCUGGCGCCGCUCCCGCUGUCCCUUACUCUGCUCCAGGCUCUCUGGCUUCUGAGGCCCACCUGAGCCCAUGAAGCUGCAGCUUUGGGGCCCAAGCGCCACUGCACUCUUCCCAACCCCAAGGCAUUCAGUAUUGGGGAGGGACAUCCUGUUUGACCAGGCUCUUGUCUCCUUUGCCAAUAAACUCUUGUGCGUAUCUG